GAUCAGCUGGCCUGUCAAAACAUUACGCAGCGUGUGUUAGUUAGUUUAGCUGUGUUUUGUUAUAUUCGCCACACGCUGAAAACAUGGCAGCCAAGAUGGAGCUCGCUCCCCUCAGACCGUGGGACGACUUCUUCCCGGGGAUGGACCGCUAUGCCAAACCUGAGUUCGGGGAUUUGACAAAGUGGAACAACAGAGUGAUCAGUAACCUGCUGUACUACCAGACCAACUACUUCGCCGUGGCUGCGGUGGUUUUCCUCAUUGUAGGGUUCCUGAACCCCUUUGGCAUGUUCCUGGGAGGAGCUGUGGUGACUCUGGUCUUCGGGGGUUCGGUGUGGGCGGGAGAGAACCAGACAAUGGUCAAGAACUUCAAAAUGAAGAACCCCACUCUGUUCAUCAUCGGGGUCAUGAUCACCAGUUACUUUCUGCUGUCGCUGUGUGGCGGUGUCAUGGUCUUCAUCUUUGGUAUCACCUUCCCGUUGCUGUUGAUUCUGAUCCACGCCUCUCUGAGACUGCGCAGCGUGAAGAACAGACUGGAGAACAAUAUUGAGGGUGUUGGGCUGAAGAAGACCCCCAUGGGCAUCAUCAUGGAUCUCCUGGAUCAGCAGGAGGAGAAAAUGAACAAGGUUCGGGAUUUCAUUGAAAGCAAACUGAAGGAAUGAGGCUCGCGCCCAAACGUUUGCCAAAGGAAGUCAGUGUCAUACAAAAUGGAUUAAAAUGUCCAUAGCACACUCCCAUGUGUUGAGUUUUUAUCCCUCUCUAUACAUGUAAAGUUACUGAUGUUUGCAUUCCCAUUCUUUUUGUCCAUUUGGUUUUACUUUAAUCUCUCCUACUUUUGUGUGACAUUGUAUUAAGAUUUGCACAAUCACAGCAUGGAUUGAAUGUUGAAAGGCAGUGGGCACCAAAGGUUACCAAAGGUCAUUCCCGUGUCAAAUUUUUCCUUUUGUGUCAAACAUUUACUUUUGUUCAACAUGAAGACUGAGUAUUUAUAUUAGCAAAAUUAAGAAGAAUGUCUAAACAUAUAUCUAAUGCUGUUAACAGAUACUAAUUUUGUUUGUUCUAAAGAAGAAAUCUGAUCCUUUCAGUUUGCUACCUCAAAACAAGCAUGUUAAAUUAUCCAACACCCAGCGAACUGUUAACGGCUUAUUAAACAGCAAUAAUGUCCAUCUUGUCACGUCAGGAGCUGUAUGAAUACUGAUCUGAGACCAGUUUGCUUCUUGUGUAGACAUGGUUUUACGGCCUGACUAAUAAUUGAUGAGUUUAAAUAUUCCUGACCAUACAGGCUGGCCUGACUGUAUCCCCUCUGAUCACAGCUAUGCAAUAUUAAAAAAUGAAUGGCAAGUGCAGCUUUAUUUUUUUUUUGAAUAUGUUAUGUCAUGAUAUGUUUGUUAUUUCUGAUGUCUUUAUUUUCAUAAUAUAGCAUGCAGAAAUGUGUAAAAUGGGCUAAGUAGCCGACAUACUUUUGGGAAUGAGUAAAAAUUAUUAAUUUAAUUAAUUAAAUUCCAUGCUCGUGUUUUCCCAUUAGAGGUUGGGAUCAAACCCUUUUCCUUAUAAAAAAAUAAAUAAAUAUAUAUAUAUAUAUAUAUAUAUAUAUAUAUAAUCUGUAUUGUUAAGUGUUCAUUUUCUACUGUUAGUCCUGAGAGUAAGAGCAGAUAUUUCCUUUUGCUUCUCCGCACCUGCACAUUAACUGCAGUUUGUGCAUGCAACCUCCACAAAUGGCAGUUCAAAAGUGUUUGUUGUAUGGAUGCUAUAUUAUAUAUAUUCUCUGCUUUUAUGUGAUUUUUCAUUCUUGAAAAGUGACAAUGAAAUCACAGAACUGGAAGUAAAUAAUUGCUGUCCUCUAUAAAAUUAAUAAAGAUAAUCUGAUUUAUGUUGCAGUCAUGUCCCAAUUCAGUCUCAGUGUGAACAUAUAGACA